AUGAAUAAGAACUGGAAUGACAGGGCAGACAAAGAUCUGUUCUUCACCAUUUUGUCCGUCAAGAACAUCGGUGUUAUCAGCGGCGCGGAAUGGACAACCAUCGGUAAUCAUAUGCGCAGCCUCGGCUACGGCUUCACCAAUGAAGGAUGUCGGCAACACUUUCAAGGCCUAAGGAGGGCCCAAAACAAGGCGGAGGUGGAUGGAAGUCACUCUGAGAGCGCUAGGAGAGCUGAUCCAACCUUGAAUCCCAUCACAAGGAGACCAGGGCCUGGCAGGGGCCGUCCUCGAAAGUCGCAGGUCCAGGAGCCUGACGUUGAUACCGCAGAUGGCUCUCCAACUAAUCUUCCCGCCGGCGUUCCUACCACUGUUCCUGCUGUCGUCCCGGCGGUGCUUCCUGGGGCCAUGAUAUCUACCUCUAUGCCGGGUCACGGCCCAGUCAUGACUUCUCCUGUUGUACCGCUUCAGCAGCAACAGCAGCUUCAACAACUUCAGACUCAACAGCUUCAAUCCCAACAUCAGCACCAGUUCCAACAGCAACAACAGCACCAAUUCCAGCAACAACUUCAGCAGCAUCAGUCACAGCUUCAGCCGCAGCUCAAAACAGAGCUUGCUGAUGCCGAUGGCAUCUCUGUCUCUGCUCAAACACCAAAUGAUAUCGCCUCUAAUCAUCUAAUUGAAUCGGAACCCGGGUCGACAACCUCUCAAGAACAGCUGCAACUUGACGCUGUACAGAGUGGUGAUGACGACGACGAUGCAGACGAACAUCCUUCCAAACGACAACGAUUAGAUCCUCACGACCUUGGUCAAGACUCUGCUCUCGAUGACGAAGCUGUGUUGGCCCUAGCUGCCCAUAACGGCACGGAUGGCACAGAUCCAUAUCCCCCAGAUUUUGGGUAUAGAGAAGGUCAGAUCUGA